AAAAAAAAAAAAAAAUUGAUCCAAAUUAUCAGCAGAUAACACAAAACCUUUGUUAAACCCUCUGUUUGUCACACAAAAAACAUGUUAUUCUUGAUGUCUGUCAAAAGCCCAUUGAUGCCCCCAUUACAGCCUCACACAACACAAAAACAACAUCAAUUCAUAACAUUGAAAAAACCAACAAAAACCCAUGUUUAUAAUAAUAAUACUUCAAUUAAGGCCCAGAAAACAUCUGGGUUUUUGUCAGCAAUUGGGAAUGCAAUUGAGGAACAAGAGUAUAGAAAAGCAAGGGCUGAGGUUAUUCGAAAAGGGACUGGGUUAGAAGGUUAUAAUAUUGAGGGUGUUUCAAUUGGUGGGCAUGAGACUUGUGUUAUUAUUCCUGAGUUUAAGUGUGCUUUCGAUAUUGGAAGGUGUCCGCCCCGGGCCGUUGGGAUGAAUUUCUUGUUUAUUACUCAUGCUCACCUUGAUCAUAUUGGCGGGCUACCGAUGUAUAUUGCAACUCGUGGCCUAUACAGCAUGAGUCCUCCGACUGUAUUUGUACCUCCUUCCAUUAAAGAGGAUGUUGAAAACUUGAUUGAACUUCACAGGAAGAUGGGUCAGGUGGAGUUAAAUGUUGACUUGGUUGCACUGGAUGUAGGAGAAACAUACGAGCUAAGAAACGACCUUGUUGUCCGCCCAUUUAAAACACACCAUGUGAUACCGAGUCAGGGUUAUGUCAUUUACUCGGUUCGCAAGAAGCUGAAAAAGCAAUAUGCUCAUUUGAAAGGACGAGAAAUUGAGAAAAAGAAGAAAUCUGGGAUUGAGAUUACAGAUAUCAUAUUGUCCCCGGAAGUGGCAUUCACUGGGGAUACGAAUUCUGAUUUUCUACUUGAUCCACGAAGUUCUGAUGCCUUGAGGGCCAAAGUUCUUAUAACUGAGGCUACUUUUUUGGACGACCAAUGCAACAUUUUGCAUGCACGAGACCAUGGUCACAUGCAUAUUGACGAGAUUAUCGAGCAUGCUGAAUGGAUCCGAAACAAAGCCAUUCUCCUGACCCAUUUUUCCUCACGCUACCAUAUUGAGGAAAUUCGUCAAGCUGUGACAAAGUUGCAGUCAAAGGUUUCAGGCAAGGUGGUUCCGCUUACAGAAGGUUUUAGAUCAUUGUACUCGUCAUAAACGCAUAGUUGGACUUCAUAUUUUGUUUAGUUUCUCAAGUAUUGUGCAUAUGUAGAGUUUGGAUUAGAGUAUUGGAGUCAUUGGAUGUUCUCACAGCUACUAUUGUAAAAGAAAUUAUCUUUAAAGAAUCAAGAUUUCAACAAAAAAGUGUUUAGUAGUCAAAA